AUGGCAGAACCCUCCGAACUGGCUCUCUUUACCGACCCACCUAAUCAAGUAGCAGUGCAUAAAAUCUAUUUUCAGGAAACUAGACCCAUUUUGUCAUUCGACUCGGAUACUGCGUCUCUGGAAUUUUCCAUUCCGGGAAACGGCGGUGAAUAUUUAGAUCUCAGAAAAAGUCGACUGUACAUUAAGGCCAAAAUCACCCAGUCUGACGGGACGGUCCUGGGAGAUGCAGAAAAAACGGGGAUCGUUAAUUUACCUCUUCAAGCGCUGUUUUCUCAGAUUGAUGUCUACGUGAACGGAAAAUGCGUCUCGCAAAAUGCCAACAAUUAUCCGUGGAAAGCAUAUUUCAAAGUACUUCUGUCCUCAGGAAUAAAGGCAUUUUCCUCUCAAAUGCAGACCCAGCUGUACUGGCCUGACGGAGAAGGCAUUGGAGACCCGGACGCCGCAGCCGGAGCUAACAUGUCCCUGAGAAAGAGAUAUGUGUUUACACAGAAAUCGAGAACAUUCGAUCUAGAGGGACCUCUCUACGUGGAUUGUUUUUAUCUCGACAAGUAUCUCAUUGACGGAGUAGACAUUCAACUCAGACUGUUUCGUUCCAAGAACGAAUUGGUGAUCAUGAGUAAGGAAGCAUCACCCAGCUACAAAGUCACUAUUCUAGACGCCGUGUUUAAGGCCUGUAAAGUCAAAGUCGACAGCGCCAUUCUGGUGAAUCACACCAAUGCCAUUCUCAAGUCACCGGCGAGGUAUAAUUACCUCAAAUCAGACGUCAAGAUGACCGCCAUUUCCGACAAAACUAGCGAGUUUUACUGGGACGACGUCUGGAACGGGAAAAGACCCUCGAAAGUAUACGUGACUUUCGUCAAACAGUCAGCCGUGAACGGAAGUACCUAG